GUUGUACGACCAUCUAACUCCCGGAGAAAGACGUGCUAGGUUUUAAAGAUUCGGCAAAAAGUUGACUGAAUUGGUGGAUAAUUUCCUACCGUCAAGAAGCAGACAUGGGUGAUGUGGUGGAUCUGACCCGUGAUGGCGGGGUUGUUAAGCAGAUUAUCCGAAAAGCCAAGGCCGGAGCGCUUCACCCUUCAGAAAACCUGCCUAAUGUCGAUGUACACUAUGAAGGCAAAUUCGCGGAUAUAGGUGAGAUCUUUGAUUCUACGGAGGACAACACUGUGUUCACCUUUGAGAUUGGGCAAGCGAGUGUCAUUCGCGCCUGGGAGAUUGCAGUCAAGACCAUGCAAGUUGGUGAAAUUGCACUCAUCACUUGUAAGCCUGACUAUGCGUACGGCCAGGCUGGGGCUCCUCCCGAAAUCCCACCUGGAGCGACCCUAGUAUUUGAGAUUGAGCUACUUGGAGCGCGCCCUCCAAAGGGGUCCAUACUUGACAGUGUAGCAGCAGAGAAGGCUAAGUUGGAGGAAGUUCGCAAGGAACGAGAUCUUACUGCUGCGAAAAAAGAAGAAGAUAAGAAAAAGAGAGAAGAAGCGAAGGCGGCGGCUGCUGCACGUAUGCAAGCGAAGAUGGAAUCAAGGAAGGGUGGAGGACAAGGAAACAAAGGCAAGAAGUAAGCGAGUAUCUUUUUGAGUUUUCGUAUAUGCCGAUCCAUGAGAAUAUUUCUUUACGACAUAAAAUAGCAUGUCAAACUUUAUAAUUAGGUGCAAAAUUUCUGCCAUAAAGAGUGCAUUUACAACAGUAUGUCUGUAUUGAAGAGGACGGGGAACGCAUUGAGACAUGAAACUUUCGUCUGUUCAGACUAUCUUCUUGCAGGAAAAGGGAAUGUUCGAGUGUGUUUAAUAUUUUUCAUUUUGAUAAUCCAGCUUGCUCUUCACCUUGAGCAAGUUGGAUUAUCUAGUAAUUUUAUUUUUUAACGUGCUUUGUAAACUAAUAAUUAUUAAUUGUCUAUUGACUGAUUCAUGCUUGAUGAUUGAUCAAUGAA